UGACUUGCGCUUUCGCGGAAACCGAGAAACAGGGAAACGCCAUAUUGACAAGAGGCGGUUUAUUACUUUUUCGUGAAAUGGGUAUUUUUCGUUCGAGCGUGGAUGCGAUGAUCCACUAUUAGUGAUAGAUUUUUCCAUAAACGAUGUACAUAUUAAGUUCUCGUCUUAGGAAUAGAUCGCUUAUUGCACAUGAGGCUUCGGCAAUCUGGUUAUCCUAAUGGGAUUAUAUAUAAAGUAGACGUGAUGAGGCUAUAAGAGCAUGUCAGUCACCACACCCAGCAGCAAUCAACUGUGAUGCCCGUUUGGAAAAGUGUCUGCCUGUAGUACGUGUGUGUGCGUUUCGGUUCGGAAAUCGGCGUGGAUGAUAGCAGACACACAGUGGCCCCCUCUACAAGAGUAUGACCAUGCAGUGCUGCCAGUCAGAUGAGGCUCGGGAACAGAAAAGAAUUAAUGCUGAAAUCGAAAAACAGCUACGUCGUGACAAACGUGAUGCUAGACGCGAACUCAAACUGCUCCUGCUUGGUACAGGAGAAUCAGGCAAAUCUACUUUCAUCAAGCAGAUGCGUAUUAUUCAUGGGGCAGGUUAUUCAGAUGAUGAUAAAAGAGGGUUCAUUAAACUCGUUUACCAGAACAUUUUCAUGGCUAUGCAGAGUAUGAUCAAAGCAAUGGAUCUCUUAAAAAUUCAGUAUGCAGGUUCUUCUAGCCAGGAAAAGGCGGAGUUAAUUAAGGGCAUUGAUUAUGAGACAGUGACGACAUUCGAGCCACCCUAUGUCGAUGCCAUAAAGGAUUUGUGGAAUGAUGCUGGUAUCCAGGAGUGCUAUGAUAGACGAAGAGAGUAUCAGCUAACAGAUUCUGCAAAAUACUAUUUAAUGGAGAUAGAUCGGGUGGCAGCGCUCGAUUAUUUACCGACUGAGCAAGAUAUACUUCGAGUCAGGGUCCCAACCACGGGUAUCAUCGAGUACCCAUUUGAUCUUGAUGAAAUCAGAUUUAGCUAUCUUAGCGACCUAGAGCGGAUCCGUGCUUCAGAUUAUCUGCCCACUGAACAGGACAUUCUAAGGGCGAGGGCGCCGACCACGGGCAUCAUCGAAUACCCGUUUGAUCUCGACAGCAUUAUUUUUAGGAUGGUCGACGUCGGAGGCCAGCGAUCAGAAAGAAGGAAAUGGAUCCAUUGUUUUGAAAACGUCACUUCCAUUAUAUUUCUAGUAGCUUUAAGUGAAUACGAUCAGAUUCUCUUCGAGUCGGAAAAUGAGAAUCGUAUGGAAGAGUCCAAAGCCCUGUUCAAAACGAUCAUUACUUACCCAUGGUUUCAGCAUUCUUCUGUAAUCCUGUUUUUAAACAAGAAGGAUCUUCUAGAAGAGAAGAUCAUGUACUCACAUCUCGUAGAUUAUUUUCCAGAAUAUGACGGUCCGAAACAGGAUCACAUUACCGCUCGAGAAUAUAUCCUUAAGGUGUACCUGAAAGAAAAUCCUGAUCCAGAACGCCAGUGUUAUUCACAUUUUACUACAGCCACAGAUACUGAAAACAUAAAACUCGUGUUUUGUGCUGUCAAAGACACAAUCAUGCAAACUGCUCUUAAAGAAUUUAAUUUAGCUUAAAUGUGAAGACACGGAGAACAUCAAAUUUGUAUUCGCCGCCGUGAAAGAUACAAUAUUACAGUCCAACCUAAAGGAGUACAACCUGGUUUAGAACUCGUUUUACCAAAAAAGAAAAAAUAUUGUGAUCCGUUAUGGACAUCUUACCAUUUGCAGAGAAUAAGCGUAAAUAUAUAAAUAUAAUAUAAAUAUUAAAUGAGAAAAAAGAA